ACACUCCCACUCGCCGUGCUGUGCUAUCUGGAAGUCAUGAGUGUUUCGAGCAGACUGCUGCUGCUGAGCGCCGGCUGCGUUCCCAGCCUCUCCGUCUGGGCCCUGCCGGCCGCCGCCUUCGUUGCUCUCAUCGCCGCCUGCAUUUCUCUGCGGUACAGAGUGCUGCAGCGGCUGCUGUCCCUGGUGGUGCAGACGCGCCCCCUACACGAGGUGCUGCACGGCCACUACAUGUCGCGGCCGCAGGAGUCCGCCUCGUGGGUGCGGCUGGGCCGGCAGCGGCUGCUGCUGCUGAGGGAUCCACAGCUCGCCUGGCAGCUGCUGUCCGCGCACUUCCCCAGCUUCCCCGCUAGGGCGCGCACCCAGGGCUACGACGACGGGCUGUUCGCUCAGGAAGGAGAGCAGUGGAAGCGGACCCGCAGCUGCCUGACGCCUUCCUUCACGCCUUCGGCUCUGCGCUCCGCCGAGCCGCAGCUGCGCGCGCACGCCCGCCGCCUGGCCUCGCUGGCUGGCGGGUCUGCAGCCGCUGUGUCGCCGCGGCAGCUGCUGGCCUACUGCACCGACUGCGUCGCCUCGGCGCUGCUCGGGCUGCAGACGCGGACCCUCGAGGGCGCGCAGGGCUGCUCGCCGUUCCUGGAGGCCGUGCAGCGCGCGCACGACGCCAAGACCGACCCUGGCCGCCGGUUCUUGUUCGAAUACCUGGGUCCAGCUGCAUUUGACGCUCUGGGGCUGGGACAACUACCCGACAAGAUUGCCAACUUCUUCAGAUCGGUGGCUGCCGUCAGUGUCGACCACCGUAUCAGCAACCCUGUGUCUUCUCACGACUUUGUACACCUGCUUACGAAGAAGAUGAAGCUGGAGGGCGCAGAUGAUAAUGCUGUCCUACAUGAAGUCUCGAGUCAGACCGCCGCUAUUCUGUCCGCUGGAGCUGGAGAGACCAGCCACAUCCUGCAGCACUGCCUCCUGGAGCUGGCCGCACAGCCACAGCUGCAGCAGAGACUUCGCUCUGACAUCGCCUCUGCUCAAGAUCCAACUGCGCUGCCUUUGCUGGAAGCCGUUGUUAAUGAGACGCUGCGGCUGCACCCCUCGGAGCCAGUGCUGAGCCGCGAGUGCCGGCAGCCGUGUUGGCUGGGAGGCGAGCGGCUGCAGCCGAGGGACCGCGUCCUGGUGCCCGUCUGGUCGCUCAACAGGGACUGCGGGCCCCACGGCUUCCAGCCAGACACAGGCGUGGAGGCCCCACAGCUCGUCUUCGGUGGCGGACCGCGAAAGUGUGUCGGUUACAGGCUGGGUCUGUUGGCCGUGAAGACCGCCAUUGUCGAACUCUUAUCGCAGUACGAGCUGUCCACUAAGGACGGAAAGACACUCCUCACCAGGAGGAUCGACAAUCUCUAGCGAUCUGAAAUUAGAAUAAUGGCUUGACGCCCACGGUGCUGCAUUCCUUGUAGUCUAGUCGAACUAAUUUACUUUCAUCGCCGAUAUUAUCCAAAGAAUACACUCCAUGAGACUGAGAUACAUGCUGCUAGAUGUUACCAUGUAACAGAGCUCAGUAUUUUACUACUGUGUAGUAGUCCAAUAAUUUAUUUCAUAUUAAAAUAUUGCUCAUAUGCUUAAAAAUGCUGAAUAGAUGUUGUCAGCAUUUGUUAAUGAUAAUUACUUGUAAAGACCCUAUUGAACAUUUCGUCUUAAUGUUAAAUUGUUGGGCCUAAGAAGUAAUAAGACUGAAUACGCUAAUUAUAAUGUUAAUAAGAGCCAAUAAAUGAUUUUAUUUCGUA